UCCAUGGUUUCUGACCUUUUAAAGAGCCUGAUCUCAUCUUACAUAUAUAAGAUUUACAAAGGAAUGUUUACAAAGAAAUUGGGAAAUAGUACAAAAAAGAAAGAGAGUUCUCAGAGCAAAAAGGAACAAGACUUAACCCAGGUCGGACAGACAAAGAAUCCAAAGUUUUCAAAUACUUUGAAAAGCACCGUUAAAAAGAUUGCAAAGUGUCCAUCUGCUCGCAACUUGUCAACUGAAGAAGAGGAAGGUAAUAAAGAAUUUUCACUUUCUCCAACAUUCAGUUACAGAGUUGCUAUUGCCAAUGGACUACAAAAGAGUAUUUUUGUAACAAAAAAUAAUAAGGAAUUAUUUCAAGAUAUCUCUUCAAAUGAUAGUUCAUAUUCUGAGUCAUUAAGUGAAGUAAAGGGUAGCAACAGGAAAAAGGAGUAUUUAUCGCAUACAAUGCCUGUGAGACGCAACAGAAAGAGUUUGAGCAGUCUUGCUCCAUCAGAUGGGAGCUCUGAUGGUGAACGUACUUUGCAUACCCUAAAGCUAGGAGCUUUACGAAAACUAAGGAAAUGGAAAAAGAGCCAAGAGUGUGUCUCAUCGGACUCAGAGCUGAGCACAUGGAAGAAAACAUGGGGACUAAGAAGCAAGUCGUUAGACAGAACUGGUCGUCACCAGAAAUCCAAUGCCCUGGAACCAGGCUUUAGUUCAACUGGGUGUAUUAGUCAGACACAUGAUGUUAUGGAAAUGAUUUUUAAAGAACUUCAGGGAAUCAGUCAAAUUGAAACAGAACUUUCUGAAUUAAGAGGUCACGUAAAUGCUCUGAAACAAUCCAUUGAUGAAAUCUCUAGUAGCGUAGAAGUUGUACAAAGUGAAAUUGAACAGUUGCGAACUGGAUUUGUACAGUCACGAAGGGAAACUCGAGACAUACAUGACUACAUUAAACAAAUAGGCCACCCAGGAAACAAAGCAAGUCUUAGGUUUUUAAACGUGCCUGAAGACAGGUUUGAAAAUAUUGAAAAUGUGGUUUACAGAAUUUUAAUAGAAAGAAUGGGGUUCUCAGAGGCACAAAACAUGAUUAAAAUUGAUUUGGCCCAUAGAUUAGGGCAACAAAGAGACUGUCCCAAUGCAAAGCCUAGACCUAUACUUGUAUACUUCGAAACAGCACAACAGAGAGAUUUAAUUUUAAAAAAAUCUUAUAAACUUAAAGGAACCGGCAUUGGAAUUUCUACAGAUAUCCUUUCCCAUGACAUGAGAGAGAGAAAAGAGAGAGGACUUCCUUCCUCUCAGACAUAUGAAAGUAUGGAUAUGAAACCAGAGCCAAAAACUAAAAAACAUGACUGGGUAUCACCUGAUGACAGUGAUAAAGAGCUGGAAUCUGAUAUAAAUAGGAAUAGUUAUGCAAAGAUAUCAAAAUCAGCAUUUCAGAUAAAAGCAAGCACUGCAAAGGGAAGUGUGAAGUCUCCAAACCCCAGAAUCCACAGUAGGACUAUUGAUGGCAGCACCUUUCCAAAUAAACCAAAUUAUGGUGAAGAGUCACCAGAAUUUGACAAUGUGGAUAAGCAAUCAAAGACCUACUAUUCAGAUAUGCCACCUGUAUGGCAUUCACAGAAUGAUUUUACAACUCCCAAACUUAGCCGUUCGGAGUCGGAUUUUUCAAAAUUGUGUCAGUCUUACUCUGAGGAUUUUUCUGAGAAUCAGUAUUUUAGUAGAACUAAUGGCAGCUCACUAUUGUCUUCCUCAGAUCAAGAGCUUUGGCAGAGAAGGCAAGAUGAAACGUGCAACUGGUACGGUAGCUCACAAGAUCACACUUUUAACCAAGAUAUGCAGCCUUAUCCAGAGCAAAAUGAAGCUGAAAACACUGAAACUGUUGACAGUGGUGUAAGCAAUGGAAUAAUGUGUGUAUCUGGAGAUAGAAGCCAUUAUAGUGAUUCUCAGCUCUCCUUACAUGAUGACCUUUCACCAUGGAAAGACUGGAAUCAGUUGGAUCAAAGCACAGACUUGGGCCUAGAUUCAUCCACACAAGAAGCUUUUGCUUAUGAUAUGAGCACCCCUUCAGACCAACAGAUAGAUUUUGGAAGGUGCCAAAAUUCUGACCUCCAGGAUGACACUGAAAGCUAUGACUUUACCCUUGAUGGUAAUUCUCCAUCAUGUCCUGGCCUCGACAGUGAAACACAAAGUCAGUGGAUCAGCCAAUAUGAUGAUUAUCAGGAAACAAAUUCUAAUUCCCUUUAUCAAAAUCAAAACAGAUUGCCCAUGAUGUAUCGAAGUCAAAGUGAACUACCAAGUGAUGAAUCGGAGGAAGCACCUCCUAAAUCAUGGCAUAGUCGACUAAGUAUAGACCUUUCUGACAAGACAUUCAGCUUUCCUAAAUUUGGAUCUACGCUUCAGCGUGCUAAGUCAGCCCUGGAAGUGGUCUGGAACAAAAGCACACAAAGUUUAAGUGGAUAUGAUGAUAGUGGGUCAUCUUUUAUGGGGAGAUUUAGGACUUUAUCCCAGUCUACUGCUAAUGAAUCAAGCACAACCCUCGAUUCUGAUGUUUAUACAGAGCCUUGUUAUUACAAAGCAGAGGAUGAGGAAGAUUUAAGUGAGCCAGGUGGUGACAAUGAAACAGAUUACGUAGAAGUAAUGGAACAAGUUCUUGCUAAACUAGAAAAUAGAACUAACACAAAUGAAACUGAUGAACAGGUUCAGGAGUAUGAACUUGAACAGUUUUCAUAUGAAACUCCAUAUGCAACACUACAAGAAGAUGAAUAUGACAAGCAGUUUGACCACCUGACCAUCGAAGAUGGGUUGGAACCUGCAGAAGAUAUAGCUGCUGAAACAGAAAUCAGGGAAGAUGAAAAUCAAAAUAUCCCAGUGAUGCCUAUUGAAAUUACAAAGAAAAAGAGAAUACACCCAUCAUUUAAAGAAGCUGCUUUAAAAGCCUACAAGAAGCAAAUGAGUGAGUUGGAAGAGAAGAUCCUUGCUGGAGAUAGCAGUUCUGUGGAUGAAAAGGCUCGAAUAGUAAGUGGAAGUUCUGUGGAUGCUUCCAAGUUUUAUGCAAUCCAGGCAUUUGGCGGGCCUGGCCGUGGACUGUAUGGAAUUGACAGCAUGCCAGACCUGCGUAGAAAGAAAAGUUUUCCCAUCGUUCGAGAUGUGGCUAUGACGCUUGCUGCCCGAAAGUCUGGUAUAUCUCUGGCCAUGGUUAUCCGGACUUCCAUAAACAAUGAAGAAAUGAAAAUGCAUGUUUUCAAAAAGACAUUGCAGGCUUUAAUCUAUCCAAUGUCAUCAACCACUCCUCAUAACUUCGAAGUGUGGACGGCUACAACUCCCACAUACUGUUACGAAUGCGAAGGUCUCCUUUGGGGCAUAGCCAGGCAAGGCAUGAGAUGCACUGAAUGUGGUGUCAAAUGUCAUGAGAAGUGCCAAGACCUCCUAAAUGCUGACUGUUUGCAGAGAGCUGCAGAGAAAAGUUCUAAACAUGGUGCAGAAGAUAAGACCCAGAAUAUUAUUACAGCUAUGAAGGAAAGAAUGAAGAUUAGAGAGAGAAAUAGACCAGAGGUAUUUGAAGUGAUCCAGGAAAUGUUCCAGAUUUCCAAAGAAGAUUUUGUGCAAUACACAAAGGCAGCAAAACAGAGUGUGUUGGAUGGAACAUCCAAGUGGUCAGCAAAAAUAACCAUCACAGUGGUUUGUGCUCAGGGUUUACAAGCUAAGGAUAAAACAGGCUCAAGUGAUCCAUAUGUUACAGUACAAGUUGGCAAAACCAAACGGAGAACUAAAACUAUCUUUGGAAACUUGAAUCCAGUAUGGGAUGAAAAAUUUUAUUUUGAAUGCCAUAAUUCCACAGACAGAAUAAAAGUAAGAGUCUGGGAUGAAGAUGAUGACAUUAAAUCCAGAGUAAAGCAACAUUUCAAAAAGGAAUCAGAUGACUUUCUGGGACAAACAAUCAUUGAAGUGAGAACACUAAGCGGAGAAAUGGAUGUAUGGUACAAUUUAGAAAAACGAACAGAUAAAUCAGCUGUCUCUGGUGCCAUUAGGUUGAAAAUCAACGUUGAAAUAAAAGGAGAGGAGAAAGUUGCUCCAUACCAUGUGCAAUAUACAUAUUUACAUGAGAACUUAUUCCAUUAUUUGACUGAAGUUAAAUCUAAUGGUAGUGUAAAAAUCCCUGAAGUGAGAGGAGAUGAAGCCUGGAAGGUAUACUUUGAUGCUGCUGCACAAGAAAUUGUAGAUGAAUUUGCAAUGCGUUAUGGAAUUGAAUAUAUUUAUCAAGCUAUGACGCACUUUUCAUGUCUGUCUUCUAAAUACAUGUGUUCUGGAGUUCCAGCAGUGAUGAGUACCUUGCUGGCCAACAUAAACGCUUUUUAUGCUCACACUAUUGCUACAACUAAUGUGUCUGCCUCAGAUCGUUUUGCUGCUACCAACUUUGGUAGGGAAAAGUUCAUAAAACUGCUGGAUCAAUUGCACAAUUCACUGAGGAUUGACCUAUCUAAAUACAGGGAUAAUUUUCCUGCCAGCAAUUCUGAAAGGCUUCAGGACCUGAAAUCAACAGUAGACCUGCUAACCAGCAUUACUUUUUUUCGAAUGAAGGUCCUGGAAUUGCAGAGUCCACCUCGAGCCAGUAUGGUGGUUAAAGACUGUGUCAGAGCUUGCUUAGACUCUACCUACAAAUAUAUUUUUGACAACUGCUAUGAACUCUAUUCCCAGCUAAUGGAUCAGGGUAAGAAGCAGGAAGUUCCUCGGGAAGAACAGGGACCAACCACUAAGAAUUUGGAUUUUUGGCCCCAGCUCAUUACUCUGAUGGUUACCAUCAUUGAUGAGGAUAAAACCGCGUACACACCUGUCUUGAACCAGUUCCCUCAGGAGCUGAACAUGGGAAAAGUCAGUGCUGAAAUCAUGUGGACUCUGUUUGCCCAGGAUAUGAAGUAUGCUCUGGAAGAACAUGAAAAGCAGCGGUUAUGCAAGAGCACAGAUUAUAUGAAUUUGCACUUCAAAGUGAAAUGGUUUUAUAAUGAGUAUGUGCGAGAACUCCCUGCCUUACAGGAUGCAGUGCCCGAGUAUUCUCUAUGGUUUGAGCCUUUUGUCAUUCAAUGGUUGGACGAAAAUGAAGAUGUCUCAAUGGAAUUUCUUCAUGGAGCACUGGAAAGAGACAAAAAAGAUGGAUUCCAGCAAACAUCAGAUCAUGCCCUUUUCUCUUGCUCUGUGGUAGAUGUCUUCACACAACUCAAUCAAAGCUUCGAGAUUAUCAAGAAACUGGAGUGCCCUAAUCCUGAAGCACUGUCUCAUUUAAUGAGAAGAUUUGCGAAGACUAUCAACAAAGUGCUCCUUCAGUAUGCUGCAAUUAUUUCAAAUGACUUCAGUUCAUACUGUGAUAAAGACAUUUUGCCCUGUAUCUUGAUGAACAAUAUCCAGCAGUUGCGAGUCCAGCUUGAGAAAAUGUUUGAGUCUAUGGGAGGAAAAGAGCUGGAUCCUGAUGCUAGUGUUGUUCUCAAAGAACUUCAGGUGAAACUCAGUAGCGUACUGGAUGAGCUCAGCAUUGCCUAUGGCGCAAGUUUCCAGCUUGUUGUUGAGGAGUGUGUGAGACAGAUGAGCUUUGAGCUAAAUCAGAUGAGAGGAAAUGGAAACAUAUCGGCCAAUAAGAACAGUGCAGCUAUCGAUGCUGAGAUUGUGCUGCGACCUCUCAUGGAUUUUCUGGACAAAAUUUUAAGUCUCUCUGCAAAAAUCUGUGAGAAGACAGUUCUGAAACGGGUUUUGAAAGAGCUGUGGAAAUCAGUCCUGAACAAAAUAGAAAAACAAAUUGUGCUUCCACCAUUGACAGACCAAACCGGGCCCCAGAUGAUAUUUAGUGCCGCUAAAGAUCUUGGACAGUUGUCGAAGCUGAAGGACCACGUCACUCGAGAGGAAGCUAGAAGUUUGACGUUGAGGCAAUGUGCAAUAAUGGAGGUAGCACUAUCUACAAUUAAGCAAUACUUUCAUGCUGGAGGAAAUGGGCUGAAAAAGAAUUUCUUGGAGAAGAGCCCAGAUCUACAGUCUCUGAGAUAUGCUCUUAGCCUUUAUACACAAACUACUGAUGCCUUGAUAAAGAAAUUUAUAGCAACUCAGACAUCUCAAAGUCAUUCUACCAAUAAUACAGUAGGUGAGAUCUCUGUACAGGUGGAUGUCUUUACACAUCCUGGAACUGGAGAACAUAGAGUCACUGUAAAAGUUGUAGCAAUUAAUAACCUAAACUGGCAAACAACAGCUAUGUUCCGGCCGUUUGUGGAAGUCUGCAUAUUGGGUCCUAACCUGAGUGACAAGAAGAGAAAACAUGGAACCAAGACAAAGAGCAACACCUGGUCACCAAAAUACAAUGAAACAUUCCAGUUCAUUCUGAGUAACGAAGAAGGGCUGAGAGCCUAUGAGCUUCACCUCUCUGUGAAAGAUUACUGCUUUGCCAGGGAAGAUCGCAUUGUAGGAAUGACAGUUAUCCAGCUACAGAAUACUGCAGAGAAAGGUAGCUGCGCAUCCUGGUAUCCUCUAUUGAAAAAUAUCUUCAUGGAUGACACUGGAUUGACAAUCCUUAGAAUACUUUCUCAGAGAACCAAUGAUGAAGUUGCUAAAGAAUUUGUGCGACUUAAAUCAGAAACAAGAUCUACUGAAGAAACUGUCUGAAUCACAAAUAAUGCAAGGGAGAUACUGUCAAGAACAUAGAUACAAUGUUGUCUGAAUAGUGCAUGCAUGUGCAAAUCAGUGGGAAUGUUUAAUUAACUCUGUUUCAGUGUUUGCCAGUACUUACGUACUAUAUUUGCAAGGUGUGUUGAGGCGCUGUACACCUUUAAUACAUAUUUUGGUCUUUGGAAAAGUAAUUGUUACAAUGAAGUGCCAAAACCAAAAUUAUGAGUAAAUUAUUAAUGGUAUAUUUUAAAAAGUUGAGUUCAUCUCAUUGCAACUCCUUCACAUUAAACAUUUACUAAUGAAUGAUUAUUCUUUUGAGUUGAUUAAUUAGUUGUCUCUGUUAAAUUACUGUGAGUUGCUUCUACAUGUCUGAAUUGAGUUUCUUCCCUUAUCAUUACAAAGAAUUUUAUCUAAUUUCGUAAUCAUUUUAUGCUAACCUCAUUUUAGGUAUCUUACCAAUAACUUUUCUAUCAUAACUACAGAUGCAGUUACUUCUAGAAAGUGUUUGUAAUUUUAUAAUUACUGAUAUAAAGUAAUGAUUUUUGCAUACAAACUGAAAAAGGGUGGAAAUAUUUUAUGCUAACCCUUUUCCAAACUUUCAUAAAUAUCACUGUGAAGAAAUACUGUUAACGCAAGUUCUCAAGAAGCUACGCUUAUCAGAGUUUGUUACUGAUGUUAGAUAUCUUGAGAUAACUUUGUUUAUCAAAACUGCCAAGGCAACAUCAUAUUUGUAUAAAAAGGUAAGUUGAUAUCUGUAGAAAAAGACUGCCAUACAGUAGAGUAUACAUGCUUUACAAGAAUUUCAUUUUUUUAAAAUGAUACAGUACUGUAUAAGAGUUAAUAGUUCGGAAUAUGUAAAGCUGGUUUGUAGUUUGUUUCUAGAAAUCAUUUAUGAAAAGUAAUGAUGCUGUUAGCAUUUUCACUCUUAAAGUUAUAAAUGUUGCUUUACAUACUUAGCUGUAAUAUCAGUUAAGUGCUUUAUUUCUUUUGUUUUAGAAAAGUUCAAGUUUGUACUUAUGCAACAUUACUAUGUAUUGCACUGAAGCAAAAUCCAUGUCUUGUAAAUAUUUAGUGAGAAAUUGUAAAAUAAAGUAUAAAAGAAACUGCUACUAGUUUUGCAAUUGACAUUAUUUAUGUGCCUGUAGGCAUAAAUUGCACUUGGAAGCCAAUUGAGUGGGGUGCAGUGUUGCAUUACAAUAUAUCAAAGUAUGGAUAUUAGUAUUUCUAACAUUCCUUAAAUAUUUGCAUCUUUGGUAAAAAUAAGGUUUCAUAUGUGAACAAUACAUGCAAAAUUAUAAUAAAUCAGGCACUUACUUUCUUAAUGCACCCAUACUAUAUAUAAUGUAAUGUUCUGGCACACGCGCACACACAUUUUUCAUUGACUUUGGUUUCAACUAUCUGUUAUUCAGUUAUUGGUUUGGUAUUUUUAUUGUUUGGGGGGGAAAGAACAUAAGAACAUUGGUGGACUUGAUUCCAGUUUGUUGAUGAGGUCUAUGUGACCUCAUGUAGGUAAAUUUUUCCAGAAUUUCCUUGCAAGAGAUUUUCAUGGAUUGUUUCAAUAUUUUUAAAUCUUCUUGGUGAAAACACUCUUUCAGGCACGAAGUAGAGCUCAAAAUUUAGAAAAAAUAUGUAGUCUCUCAAGAAAGUUGGCUGUACUCAACUAAGAUCACGGAGAGUGGGGAAAGGAGCUGACCAUCUAUCAACUGUUACCCUGUUUGUGUCUAUACUUUGCAGAAUAUUUAUUUAGGAAAGAUGUCUUCACUGGUUAGAAAAUCCCAUUUUUUGCCAUCAGCUCAGAAACCCUUUUAGCUAAAGUAUUUCAUAGCAUAAAAUAGCCAUUGAAUGUCAAACAGAGUAUUUAAUUAGAUAGGUUAUUGAAGUCUACUUCAGACAUUUCUGAAGAUUCAAGUAUUAAAACCUACUAAACGUAGGUUGCAGACCCUGGCUGAGAUUUGCAAAGCUGCCUAUGGCGUUUGGAUGCCCUAUUCCCAUUAAAACUAAUCUCACCCACAGAUGUUUUAAAUGUACUCUCUGUACACUAAAACAAGGAGUCUGGUGGCACCUUAAAGAUUUGGGCGUAAGCUUUUAUGGAUAAAAAAAAAUCACCUCUUCAGAUACUACCCUCUGAUAUUCUCUGUACACUGAAAUGCUUGGGGGCAAAUUGAUCCCUGGGGUAGUUCUAUUAAUUUAAUCAAAGAUACACCAGGCUUGAAUUGGGCUUAUAUUGUACAUCCAUUGAAGUAACAUUC